AUGGCGACCACUGUGGACCACAUCACGCCUGGCAUCGCAGCCGAAACAUUCUUCAAAGACUACAUCUCGAGACGCAGACCUGUCGUCCUCAGUGGCUUGCCAGACGACGCAUCAUUCCAGGCUACAAAAUGGACAGACCUCAACUAUCUCGCGUCCAAAGCCGGAGACGUCGAGGUGCUCGUCGAGCCCAUGCAUGCGUCGAUCCGCCAGUUCGGCACGGACGUCCAGCGCAUCCCAAUGCGCUUCAGAAACUUCCUUGACUCGCUGAAGCAGGAAGACGGCCCGCACCAUUACCUGACGACGCAGUACUCCGGGGAGGAAUGGGACUCGUUAACGGUGCUCUCACCGCCAACCGAUGCCCUAUCGAGCGACUUUCCGGAUGUCCCCCCCGUCAUGGGUAACUUGUUCCUCCAGCAAGCAAAUCUCUGGAUAGGCAAGUCAAAAGAGGGCUCCUCUAGUGGCCUACACCAUGACUUUCAUGACAACCUGUAUUGUCUACUCAAGGGGCGUAAACGCUUCGUGCUCUUCCCACCAAAAGAGCAUGUGAACCUCUAUCCUAAUGGUACUGUACACAAGCUCUAUGGCAACGGGGUUAUAACCUAUGACCCCAUUCUCCGCGCGGACGGACUCGACCAGCGCGUCGCCCUCCAGGCGAAGGUGGAGGCAUUGCAGAAGCGACUGGAUGCCCUUCCGGUGACCAAAGGAAAAGGAAAGGGAAAAGCGAAGACCGACACCAGGGAGCGACAAGCACUGCAGGAAGCAUUGGACAAGGCGCAGAAGGAACUUAAAUCUUACACCGAAGAUGAUGAGGACGGGUUUCUCUCAAGUAUAUCAGACGAUGAAGAGGACGGCAGCGACUUGGAGGGAAAAGUCUUGGAUGAUGACGAUUUGGGGUCACUAGCAGGAGACUUGGAGGAUGGCCACGACGACUAUGACGCCCUCAUAGCAGGCCUCGACGAAAACGGCGACAACGAAGAACCUUCCUCACCGUCCGUCGGGGGAAGCAAAACCGCCCAAAAUGGCGCACCUGCCAACACAACAAGCGACGAGCCCGCGUCCUUCUCGCGCAUCCCAACCGCCUACCUCCAUCGUCAGCUCAACCUGCCCACGACCGCCGUCCCGCCCGGCGAUACCGCCCCUUCAGACUUUCCCGACCUCGUGAAGGCUGCCCCGCCGUACAUUGUCGAGCUCAAGGCAGGCGAGAUGCUGUACCUACCGGCAUCCUGGUGGCACGAAGUGACGUCGUUCUCCGCUGGGGAGGGUGAAGGAGAGGGCGGGGACGUCCAUAUGGCAUUUAAUUACUGGUUCUACCCUCCUGAUGCAGAGACGUUCGAGGAGCCGUAUGCGGAUAAGAUCGUAUGGGAGCAUUUGAGGGAGAAGGCUGCGAAGGAGAGGCACGAGGGAAGGGGGAACGGCGAGCUGGCUGAUGAUACGCUGGAUAACGGGAAGAGAAAGCGGGAAGAAGGGGAGGGAAAGCCACAGAAAAAAGCGAAACACUGA